CACUGAUUGGCUGACCAAGUUUCAUGUGGCAGAAAGGUCGAACGAGUGGAUUUUUAAAAUUUACAAUAGUCAACUCUUUUCGGCAUUAUUUUUUACGGCAACGGCGUGACUUCGUCUUAACUUCAAACCUUAUUCCAGGUAAGCGAUGGUGACAAUUGAACAUUAAAUGCUUAAUUUCCCGUCAUCUUGUAAAGAAGACUUGUGCCCCCCCUCCUCCUCCCCGGCCAACGUGUUGAAAUCCGGAAAAAAAAUCCUAACCGGUUAUUCAUAGUUAUUAAUGUGUUACGGUGAAUUGAAACACACAACUAAACGCCUUAAUUUCGCUUUAAAUGAUACUUUGUUGCGGCGUAGCCGGUAAAAGUCUCGUCUCAUCGGUGAUGUCAUCGUGUUGGAAUUAUGGCAACUCAACGUGCGUUAAAACACGCCAGUUAAUCAAACACAAAGAUAGAAAAUCACGAACCCUGUCCGUAUUUUGCCACUCUUGGCGCUGAUUGUUUUGCGAUCCCUUUGAACUCUGAAGUGAGGCUUUUUUGUACCUUAAAAACGGCCACCGAAUGCCUGUCGUAGUGAAACAACGUUACCCAUGAUGCACCUUGCAACCACCAGCCCUUUUUUUCUUAAAUCGCAGGCGGGAGAACAGGCAAGCAAGAAAAUGUUGGGAGCAUUUAAACUUUAAACGCUGGCGUCUUCAUUUUUUACGAGGCGAGGAAAAGAGGGCAAUUGAGCACUUUUUUUAACGUUAACUCAGAAGUCGGCGCCGGAAGAGAAGCAACAGUGUGAAGAUGAUCAUGAAGACGCACAAGCGCAAGCUCCAGCCGGAGUCCUCCGAUGAGUGUCCUGGUGGCAGCUGCAGCGGCGCUCUGGCGUGGGAGAGUCAGCGCCAGUUUGUGUUUAGCGUCUCCCUGCACAAGUACCAGCUGGACCAGGAGUUGCCGGAACCCAGCCUGCGGCGGUCUGUCCUCAUCAGCAACACCCUACGGCAGGUAGAAGCUUGUCGGGUGCCUUCUCACGAACGGGUGCCUCCCUCACUCAUGCAUGCACCGCAUGAGCAAAUGAGAGCCACCGGGGUGCAGGACCUGCCGUCACCUGCCAAAUUCCAGCGAGUGGCAUCCAGUCGCGCGUCGUUUGAAGAAGUGGAGGAUUGGAGCUCCCUCUCCGCCGACCCCGAUUUUACCAUUUCGCCCGCCGUUUCGUCCAUCCUCACCGGCCUAGACUCUAACCUUGAUGCGAGCGCGCCGCUCCCGCAGUUGCCCUCCCCGCGGGCAGCCCUCAGAUCCCUGGAGAACCUGCAGACCUGCUCUGACGCCGGCGGCUUCUGGCUGAGGCAGCAGGUCCGAGGGGCUCACAGCCAGGAACUGAUGGAGUGGGAGGCCGGCAUGGAGGCAGCGCGCUCCAGCUACUUAACGGACAUUACAGCUGAGGAUAUGUUCCAGGACAUAGACACGUCACAGCUGGAAAGGGACAUGGGGAUCCUGGGCCUGAGGGGUGAUGGGUGCCCCCCAGCGGAGGACCUCCCGUAUCACAGCGCCAAGGGCCUGCCGUCCUUCUCGUCCUUCAGUUCACCACCGACUUCAUUCAGGGACGGAUUGGAUCUGGAGCACCUGGUGACCAUGCUUGUGGAGUCCUGAGUGGGAAAUCAGAGUGUCGGAUUUUAACUGAUGCUGCCAAGCAGUAGAAAGCCAUUUGAGCGUUUAUACCAUAUUCUUGAUAUCAACUCGUAGUAUCCUCUUUGUCCUCACUAGUAAGACAUUUCGGCCUCUGGUGGAAUAACUGGCUUUCUACAGUUGUAAUGAAUAACCCCCGCCCCCACUCUUUGAUGAUACUCGGAGAUGUUACUAUUGAACCCCAAACAAAAUGUCCACAACUUGACAAGGGUAUGCUAGCGGUACAGUAUAGCGAGCCAAAAUUUGCUCGACACCCACCCCAAAAGGUUUGUAAUUGCCUCUUGAUACCACAAGACGGCGGGCGGCAAAGCACUUUUUUUUAACUACAAGACCAACUGAAGCUCCUUGCCUCAGCUCAAUGUGGUUGCUUAACGUGAAAAUGCCACAA